UCACGAGUUUAGACCAAUGAGGAGACACGCAUCCAACCUUUGGUCCAAUAGGAACACGAGGACGCCGCGUCGUCAACGGCACUCGUCCAUUCACCAAACGACCCAGCCCACUGCGAGACGAGAAGAAGAAAUGCGUUACAUCCAUAGUUACAUCCUGCAGUUUUGAUGAUAGCUGGAAAUUUGACGGUAUAGAAAAGUAAGAGUAAGACCCAUAAAAUUUAUCAGCAGAGGAUUUGAACUCUUUGUGAAAGUAUUGCUACCUGUCAUCACCAUCUCCAGGAUCCAUGUCUUUUUUGCGCUGGGUGUCAGAGAAACUCAGUGCGGAAAGCCUGAGGGAUCUGGAGUUAUUUGGAGUGUUUCCACAUUUGACUAAUGACUCAGGCCCAUGAGGACAGUCAAGAGUCUCUGAGCCCUCUCCCACACAGAGACACCAUGGGAAGCUUCCUUCGGGACAACAACGCCUAUGAGCUGCGAUCUGUCAUAGGUCGAGGUUUGGAGGACUUGAUGACAGUGAAUCUGGCCAGGUACAAACCCACAGGGGAGUAUGUGGCCAUCCGCCGCAUUGACCUGGAUUCCUGUACCAAUGACAUGGUCAAUUACUUACAGGGAGAGCUCCAUGUGUCUAAGCUGUUCCACCACCCCUGUAUCCUCCCACACAAGAGCGUCUUCAUCGCUGAGAAUGAGCUGUGGGUGAUCACACCCUUCGUGGCCUACGGAUCUGCACGAGACUUGAUCAGUACACAUUUCACUGAUGGUUUGAGUGAGCAGACAAUAGCCUACAUCCUGCUGGGUGUGCUGAGAGCGCUGGAGUACAUACAUCAGAUGGGCUACGUUCACCGUAGUGUGAAGGCAAGCCACAUCCUGAUUUCAGCAGAUGGACAGGUGUAUCUGUCCGGUCUCAGGAGUAUCUUCAGCUUGAUCCGUCACGGUCAGAGAGCACGAGUUGUACAUGAUUUUCCCCAGUACAGUGUUAAAGUACUACCUUGGCUCAGUCCAGAGGUUCUGCAGCAGAAUCUUCAGGGAUAUGACUUCCGCUCAGACAUUUACAGUUUGGGCAUCACUGCAUGUGAGCUAGCUAAUGGACACGUGCCCUUUACAGACAUGCCUGCUACACAGAUGUUGUUAGAGAAGUUGAACGGCACAGUCCCCUGCCUGCUGGACACCACCACCAUCCCCCCUGAAGAACUGAGCAUGAAACCGUCUCGCUCCGGGGCCGACUCUGGGAUCUGCGAGGGCCCCAGCGCCGGUGGAGCUCGCCACACUAACGGAGAGCCCUCAUCCUCCUCCCGAGGAAACCCGUACAGCAGAACAUUCAGUUCUCACUUUCAUGCCUUUGUGGAACUUUGUCUACAGAGAGAUCCCGAGAAAAGACCCUCUGCCAGCUCUCUGAUAGGCCAUUCCUUCUUCAAACAGAUAAAGCGCAGACCAUCCGAGGCUCUUCCUGAGCUCCUGCGUCCAGUUUCUCCAAUCAGCAGCCUCGACUGCAUGCAGCCUCAGGAUUCUCCCACUGGAUUGGCCAGUCUGGAGUCUGAUCUCAGCAAGCUGGAUGUGGAUGACUGGGACUUUUGACAUUAAACGGAUGAGAAAUGAAGGGACAAUGGAUUGGACCGAAAGGGAGGAGAAUACUGUAGGACUCUUAAUGAGAAAUGAUUGUUUUUGUUGUGUUUUAAGUGAGAAAAGGGGAAGGCUGGUGCUAUGUGAAUGUGAUAUAGACAUUACAAAGAGCUUCAAAGAUGUUACAAGAGACUCUGGGAUGUUGCCUUUUGUGAUUUGUGUAUAUCACUGAAACUACAAGGACCGACUAUAAAAAGAGAAAUGAAAAACCAGCAGCCGCCAUAGCCUUGCUAAUGCAUUCAGAAGCAUGAAGUGAAGCCUGAGGCAUGCACUGCGCAAACACUUACUGACUGGCCAUGUGACAAUGGUGAUCACUUCAGGCUACUGAAGCCUGUUCUGUGUGUUUCACCUGAACUAAUGACACUAUAUGAAUGUCUACCAGCUUACAGCAAAACAGGUUCACAAUUGAAUUCCCAUGUCUCCUAGCAUAUUUGUCCAAUGAAGCAUAAAGAGCUGUCAGUAAAGUCAACCUAAACAUAGAACUGUUCAAUUUAUGGAUGGACUGUGGGGAUUCAAACUAUCAAGUUUCUUCUCCCAGCACAAAUGUUGCUGCCACCAGAAAUAUGCUAGAGGACAAGAUUUAGUUUUUGCCUGCUAUCUGGUGUAGUUAUUAGUUUUAUAUUAGUUGCAUUUCUGCUGAGAUUCAUUUCAGUUCUUGGCAUGCAUUACCGGGAGGAAGUACUUCAGUGGACCGUUUGUGUAUUUUCAGCAUACUUACCUCUUGGUCAAAUGGAAUAAAUGUUGCAACUGC